AUGAUGGAAAAUAAAUACCCCAAUGAAUUAUUUUGUUAUAUAAAUAGAUAUAAUAUAAACGAAAUAAUAGAAAAUGGAGAAGAGAAAUAUGCAAAUGAAUAUGAUGAAGAUAAGGAUAUGUCAAUAAAUCAUAUGAAAGAAAACAAUGGUAUAUGUGAAUAUGAACUACCAUUUUUAUUAGACCAUGUGGAUGAUAGUAAUAAAGAAGAUUCAGAGAAUAAUUCACUAAAGAGUUAUCUCGAUGAUGGUGUAUCCACUAUCCUUUCAAAACCAGAUGAACUAGAAAAUUAUAAUAAACAAAAUGAAAAUGAUUUUGACGAAAAUAAUAAUAAAAAAAAUAAUAAAAUGGACCAAUCGAAGGAAAAAAUAAAUAUUAUAAUAAUACCAAAUAAAAGUGUUAUAAACAAUUUUGAAGAGAUAUUAAGCAUGGCAAAUGGAAAUGAUAAAAAUAUAGAGAAAAAGUUGAAUGAUAGAUUUUAUCAAAUUUGUUGUAAAAGUAUAGCUGAUAUAAAUACACAUAAUUUAAAUAAAGUUAAAGAUUUGAAAAAAGAAAAAAAUAAAGGAUCCUUGAAUAUUGAACAUAUAGAUUAUGGAGAUAUUUUUCUUACUAUACAUGAUACAUUAAAAAGUAAUAAUAAAAUAAAAGGAAACCAUAAAACUAACCUAUUACACGAUUCUUCUUAUGAAAUAAAAAAGAAAACAAGAAGUGGAACAAAUAUAUAUAAAAAUCCAUAUCAUAGAGGUUCGUAUUUGAGAUCAUAUAAAAAUCAAAAGGAUACCAUUUACCUUAAUAAUUUAAACAACAUUAUGAUGGAUAAAAAUAGUAAUUGUAGUGAUUCACGAAAAAAGGAAUAUUCGCAUUUCAAUUCUCAGGAAUUUUCAUAUGACAAAUAUAGUAUGAAGGACAGAAUGUUUCUCAAAAAUUUGUAUAUGAAACAAAAUAGAUUAAGGGAUAAAAGGGGGAAUUAUGACAAAAUGGGAGAUUAUCAAAAUAUUGAAAACUAUCAUAAAGAGGAUGAAAAUAGUUUUGAUUCUAUGAAUAUGUCAGAUAUUGUCCAUUCAAAUAAAAUGAACCAUGUUAAUAUCAUGGAUCAUAUGAUUUAUAAAGAUUAUAAGAAUAGGAGCAAACUAGUAGAUACAAUAACUUCUCGUGAAAAGUAUGUAAAAAAUUAUGACGAUAACGUCGAAAGUGAUAAUAAUUCUUUUAAGAAUGAUAAUGAUGAAGAACAUAUGUGUUUAGAGUAUGACGAUACAUAUAACUUAAAAGAUACAGUUAAAAAUAUUAUUGAUGAAGAAGAACAAUAUGAUAAGGAUGCUACUUGUAUAUGUGAUAAGAACGAAGAUGUUGAGGAUUUGUUUCUUUCAAAGAAAACGAAUUAUUCUUCUAAUAAAAAAAGAGAAGAUUAUGAGAAAGUAUUACUUGAAGAUAAUUUACAUUUAAAACAAACCCCAUCAAAAAGAACAAAUAUUAAUAUAAUCCCAGAUUAUGAUGAUAACAAUAGAAGUAAUAAGAGUUAUAAGGAAAAUGAAGAGAAUGUUUUAUCUGAGGUAUGGGGUAGUUUAAAAAAUGAUGAUAUAUUAUAUAAAGAUAAUAUGUUGAAUGUCAUAAAUGAAGAUAAUACAAAGGAAGAGGAUGACAACGAAAGCGUUGCCCAUUUAGAUAAUGAUGAGGAUGAAAAAGAAGAAAUAAAUAAAGAUGUAUAUUCCAAUGUAUUGUCGUGUGAAGAAAAUAUGAUUGCGAGGAAUGAAAAGUAUAACGAAUUAUUGAAUAGUACAAGUAACUUUGAAAAAAUUGAUGAUCAAAGUGAAUUUAAUAUUGGAAGUAAGGAAGAUAAAGAAUAUUUUGAUUUGUUAAUACAAAAAUAUGAAAAUACAAAAAUAAACUUAGAUGAUAAUGAAUUACUUUCAUUGAAUCUUAGUGAUGAGCAACAUGAAGAAAUGUACAAGGGAGAUUCUUAUGAAAAUGUAAAUGAAGUGGAAGAUAAUGAUAAUAAAAUGGGAAAUUUUUAUGACAAUAAUGCAAUGGAAGAUAUUAAUCAUAAUAACAUGGAGGAUAUUUAUAAUGAUAAUAUUAUGGAAGAUAUUAAUCAUAAUAACAUGGAAGACCAUGUUAAUUAUGAUGAUGAAGAAUUGAAUAAAAAAAUAGAUGAGGUGGAAGAAGAAAAGGAAAAAAGGAUUGAGGAUAGAGGAAUAUACGAUGAAUUAUUAGAAAAUGAUAUGUGUAAUUUAUACAAUUUAAAAAUGCAUGAUUUGCAUAAUUUAAAAGCCUAUGAUUUUGGAUUAUCUAAAGAUCUAUUAAAAAAGGAUAUUUUUAUAUAUAGUAAUAAUUUGAAAAAUGAUGAUAUGGAUGAUAAUAAUAAUAAUAAUAUGAAUGAUAUUGGUAUAGGUGAAAAUGAUAUAUAUGAAAAUAAUAUAGAUGAUAAUGAUAUGUGUAAUAAUUACGUGAAUGGAAAUGAUUUAUAUAUUAACAAUAUGGAGGACGAUGCCAUGGAUGAUACUGUAUAUGAUGAGGAAGAAAUUAAAAGUUUCCUAGAUAAAUUAAAAUCUGAUAUAGCAAAUCAAAUAAAUGGAAAAAAUGGAAAGAAUGGCAAAAAUGGAAAUGUGGAAGUUACAGGACAAGAUGGUAAUGAAGAAAUGUCUUAUAUAAAUAAUGAUGAAAAUUUACAAGCCUUUGAUUUGUUAGAUAAUUUUCAUAUGGAUGAUUAUGGUAAUGAUUAUAAUGAUAAUGAAGAAGAUAGAAAUGAAGACGAACAAAACAAAACAAAACAAAAAGAGUUACAUAAUAAUGUAGAUGGAAAAUUAAAAUUAUCAGAUUUAAAUGAAUUAAAUGCAAGUGAUAUAAAUAAUAAUUUCUAUAUGUCAACUCCUCGAAAAUCUAUAGAUGAACGUAAGGAUACGGAAUGUCAAACAGAUUUUCCAUUAUUAGAUAUAUCAAGGAAUACUAAUAGGACUCCUAGAAGAAAAAGUGUGGAAGUAAUACUUGUAGAAAAAAAAUUAAAAAAAAAAAAACAAAAGGAUAUAAAUAAAUAUACAGAUGAAAAUAAAGAUAGUAAUAGAAGAUAUCCGAAAAGAAAUAGAAUUAAAACUUUGCGUUAUUGGAUAGGAGAAAGAGAGUUAACUGAAAGAAACCCUUACACAGGAGAAAUAGAUGUUGUAGGAUUUAGUGAGUGUAAAAAUUUGCAAGAUUUAUCACCUCAUAUUAUUGGUCCGAUUGAAUAUAAAAAAAUAUAUUUGAACGAUCUUAAUAGUAAUGAAAAUGAGGAAAAUGAGGAAAAUGAAGAAAAUGAAGAAAAUGAUGGAGAGGAAAAAAAUUAUAAAAAUCAUAAUAAUCUUGAGUCUGAGGGUGAGGAUAUUGUAAAUGAUGAUGUAAAUAAUUUACAUGUUCACAUAAGCAAUGAUAACACCUCUCAUUCGAAGAAAAUAAAGGGAGCUCCAAGCAGGAUUAGUAAUACAAAUAAUGGAAGGAAAAAACGAAGAAAGAGAAAAUUUAUCAAUGUGGUUAAUUAUAUAAAGAAGAAGAAAAAGAAGAAACUGACAAAGAGUAUGGAUAAGAUGGAGGUUGCAGAUAAUUUCAAGAAUGAUAUAAGUGAUAAUAAUAAACAGAGUGGUGAUGAAAAUAAAAAAGAUGAUGAUGAAAAUAAACAAGAUGAUGGUAAAAAUAAACAAGAUGAUGAUGAUAAUAAACAAGAUAAUGAUGAUAAUAAACAAGAUAAUGAUGAUAAUAAACAAGAUAAUGAUGAUAAUAAACAAGAUAAUAAUGAUAAUAAACAAGAUGAUGAUGAUAAUAAACAAAAUGAUGAUAUUUACAUGAAUGAAGAUAUGUAUUUGUUCAAUGAUUUAAAUGAUAACUUCGAUGACAAUGAACAUUUCUUAAAUAAUGGUGAUAAGGAUUCGCAUGUUGAAGAAAUUACUAUAGAAAAAAUUCAAACGGAGAGUAUAAAAAAGGAUAUUUUAAAUAAUGACGAGCAGGAUAAUAAUGACAACAUAUUUAAUAUUGAUAAUGAAGUUAUAGAUAUGAAGGAUGAAAAUAUAGAUGAAAUGGAAAGUGAUGACAAAUUAAAAACUUUUGAAAAUUUGGAAAGUUUGAAAAGUACAACACAUUUAAAUAAUACAGAUAAUUGUGAUGUAGAUUUGAGUGAACAUACCAAUGAAAUAAAUUCUGCUGAGGAAAAAAAAGUUCAUAUUGAAGUUAAUAAAAAAACAAAUCAUGAAAAAAAAAAAAAAGAAAAAAAAAAGAAUAAGAAUAAGAAUAAAAAUAAGAAGAAAAAAAAAAAAGAAAAAACACAAAUAGAUAUCAUGUACAAAAAUUUGUCCAGACUUAAUUUAAAUUUGUUACUUCCAACCAAAAAAAAAGUUAAGAAAUCGGAAAACUCAUUUAAAAAAGAGAAAGAAAAACAAAAGAAGAAAAGAAAUAAAAAAGUUAAAAAAGUUAAAGGUAUUAACAAGGGGGGAAAAAUAAAAAAUAAGAAGAAAAAAAAUAAAGACAAUAAUAGUGAUAGUAGUACUAAAUGUAUUGUAGAAGGGGAAAAAGAAAAAAAUUUACAUGAGCUUAAUAAAAAUGGAAAUCUUGAAGAUGAGAAAAUGGAUAUUGAUAUUUCUAUGAAUAUUUCAAGUAUAAAUUGUGAAAGUGAUAAUAAAAGUGUGAGUAAGGAAGGAGAGGAAGAAAAGAAAGAGAUAGAUGAAGAAAGGAAAGAGAUAGAUGAAGAAAAGAAAGAGAUAGAUGAAGAAAAGAAAGAGAUAGAUGAAGAAAAGAAAGAGAUAGAUGAAGAAAAGAAAGAGAUAGAUGAAGAAAAGAAAGAUAUAGAUGAAGAAAAGAAACAGAUAGAUGAAGACAAACAAGAUAUAGAUGAAGAAAAGAAAGAGAUAGAUGAAAACAAACAAGAAAUAGAUGAAGACAAACAAGAUAUAGAUGAAGAAAAACAAUAUGAUGAAAAUAUUCAUAGUGAUAACAUAAUAAAUAAUGGAAACAAUCCAUUUGUAAACAAUAACAAUUCUUUUUUUAAUAUUACAAGUCCAUUAAGAACACAAAUAAUAAAUGAGGAAGAAAAUAGUUUGAACGAAAUGAAAGAAGACAUAAAUGAAUAUGUUGAAAUGGAAAAUAAGUUGGAUGAGGAAAAAAUAAAAGAUUCAGAAGAAGUUUGUAGAAAAAUAGAGGUAGAUAAUAAAAUGAUUUCUCCUAUUAAUAGACAUAAUUUUUAUUUAACAAUUCUUGAAGGAAUGAAUAAGAAUUCCCCUAUUCAAUGGAAUAAAAAUAAUAUGACUUUAUCAAAAAAUAAAGGAAAAAUUUAUAAAGGAAGGAAAGAAAAGAAAAGAAAACGUUCCCAUAAAAAUGAUGAAAAUUUUCUUGAUCAUAGUAUAUUAAAUGAUACCAAUAUGAGUGACAAAAUGGAUGAAAGAAAUGAAUUAUCAGAUAGUAUAAAAUCUAAUAGUACUACCAAUAUUGUAUUAGAAACUAUAAAAUAUGAUAAUAGGAAAAAAAUAAAGGCAAAUGAUACAAACGAGGAAAUAAUCAAAUAUGAUAACUUCACUUCUAAAUAUAAUAAUAAAAGUGAUGGUAUACAAUUGAAUGGUGGAAUAUAUAUAAAUAAAUUGAAACUUUCCUUAGAUAUUCCUAUAAAUAAAUUUACGGUAUCUUCAAAUCUUGGACCUCCAUCAUCUAUAGGAUCAACAGAAAUACAGCCUAUUCAAAAGAAUCUCUUCAACGAUUUCAAAAUGAAUAUUAACUUGUACUGUAUUAGGAUGCAACCACAUGAAAAAUACAGCUCAUAUAGCCAUAAACAAAAUUUAGUUGUAUAUAUUGAUAAGGGAGAAAAAAUUAACAUAAUAAUCAACAUCUCAAAGACUUAUGAGAAAGGUGAUUUUUUUUACAUACCUAAAUUUUCUAACUUCCAACUAAUUAAUGAUAGCAGAUGUGAUUGUGUUUUAUAUGUUUGUCCUUUAAUUUAA